GAUUUGCUAGAAAUUUACCAAAUAUAACUCAGUUUGGCAGUAUUGUAUCCGUCAAAAUAAAUGUCGACAUAACCUGACAGAAUCUAUCCGAGACACUGCACAAUUGUGAGCGAGAUAUAAUCACUUUUACAAUGCACACGUCCGCCAACUUCGUUCUACGUGGUGGUUGCGCAGCAUUUGCCGACAAACAAAAAAUGUUGUUCGAUCAACUCUUGAUUGCUGAAAGCAAAUGUAACAAGCAUGACAGUCCUAACGUGGAUGACGUUCAAGUCAAGGAGAUGAACGAAAGGGAUUCAGUUUGCAGAGAUAACUGGAAGCAGAAGAGGGAAACUAAAAGGUUUCGUGGUAAGGAGAGCAUCUUUAGCCGUCCGGAGGGUCCGGCACCACGCGCGAGGUGCAAAAAUAUUCCGGACUUUCGCAAAAAUCCGCGCAAGUGGACCAGGUAUAGUCUGGAUGAUGUAUCCAAUGAAGACAUGACAGAGCAGAGCAAUACGCAGGCUGCCUUGUCAUUUCUGAAGGAAUUGAAAGCACGCAAGAAAAAGGAGGAAGCUGAUCACUGUCGUGAGAAAAUGGAUGUCGAGUCAGAAGAGACACGGUUCAAGUCGAGAAAGCAUACGUCAACGUCAGAAGUGAUGUUCAAGAAACCACAGGCCACACCGACACCAGAGGACUCGGAAGCGGUCGUUGUAGAACCGGAUGACAGGCCCGUGUUCAAGAGCAGUAAAAUUAUUUUGCCAGAGUAUCAAGUCGGGCAGAGACCAAAGAAGGUUUGCAAGCAGAAUCGACCUAUAGUUAAGGUCGAUCGUUCGAAAGAGCUGAAACUGGAUCAUUUGACGCAACUGGAGGAAGAAGACGAGUGAGAAAUGUAUAUAAAAUAAAAAACUGAGAAACUAAAAUUAUUAUACGCUAUUGUGCAUAUAAGGAAACUUAUAGAUAUUUACUUGAUUCAAAAGUUUAGAAUUAUUCAUUUGCAUGAUACACGUAGUGCAAAUAAGAUUACAAGCCGUGGGCAUGAAAUAAAUUUCUCCUAUUAAAAUAUUGUAUAUAACAAUAAGUGAAUGCAAUAUGUAAGUAUAUAACCAUCUUGAAGAAACUAUCAAUUUGAUCGUGAGUACAAUAAAUAGCUGGUUGUUUUGUCUCUUGUAAUAUAGAACAAAGAAUAUAAAUACAGUCUACAAAAACGA